CAUGGCUGACGAAGAAAGUCCCAGAAUAACUGUUACUGUAAAAACGCCGAAAGAAAAGCAUGAUGUCGAAAUUAAUGCCGAUGCUGGUGUGCGAGAAUUUAAGGAAGAAGUUGGUAAGAAGUUUUCUGCACCUAUUGAGCAACUAUGUUUGAUUUUUGCUGGAAAGAUUCUGAAAGAUGGAGAAACUUUGUCCCAGCAUGGAAUAAAAGAUGGUCUGACUGUGCAUCUAGUGAUUAAGUCAUCAAAUAGGUCACAAGAUCAGGCCGCACAGAGAACGACAGCACCCGCCAGUACAUCAUCUCCUGGGACAACUCCUUCAGGAGGGGAAACCCCAAAUCUCUCCCAGACACCUUUUGGAUUGGGAGGGUUAGGAGGAUUAGCAGGACUGGGAAAUCUCGGAAUGGGGUCCCACAACUUCAUGGAGAUGCAGCAAAAUAUGCAGAGGGAGAUGAUGGCUAACCCUGAUCUGAUGAGACAGAUGAUGGAGAAUCCAUUUGUCCAGCAGUUAAUGUCUAACCCUGACGUCAUGAGACAAAUGAUCACCAGUAAUCCACAGAUGAGGGACCUUAUGGAGAGAAACCCAGAAAUUUCACACAUGCUGAACAACCCCGAGUUAAUGAGACAGACAAUGGAACUGGCCAGGAACCCUGCAAUGCUCCAGGAACUAAUGAGGUCUCAAGACAGGGCUAUGAGUAAUUUAGAGAGUAUACCUGGCGGAUUCAAUGCUCUGCAGAGGAUGUACAGAGAUGUACAAGAGCCAAUGAUGGAUGCUGCCUUUGGGAAUCAGAAUCCAUUUGCCUCCCUUGUUAGUCAAAAUAGUUCUGGUUCCUCCAACACACAGCAGGGUACAGAGAACACUCAGCCCCUCCCCAACCCCUGGGCCCCGGCCUCCACACAGAGCAGUUCUCCCUCCACAACAAGUACUUCUACAACCCCCACAGCAUCAACACAAGACAUGUUUGGUAGUCGAGGAAUGCAGAGUUUGAUGCAGCAGAUGGUUCAGAACCCCCAGCUGAUAGAGAACAUGAUGCAGGCCCCAUACAUGCAGUCCAUGCUUCAGUCAAUGUCUGCCAACCCAGAGAUGGCAAACCAGAUUAUUGGAUCCAAUCCUAUGUUUGCCAGCAACCCUCAACUUCAGCAGCAGGUGUUACAACAGCUCCCAAACAUGCUGCAACAGUUGCAGAACCCUGAGAUGCAAGCACUGAUGACUAAUCCACAGGCUUUAAAUGCUGUAAUGCAGAUCCAGCAGGGUAUGAGCACAUUACAGCAGACGGCACCUUCACUCUUCCCUGGAUUAAAUCCUGGCUCACUAGCCAUUGGUGGAACGUCUACAACUACUUCUUCAACAACAACAGCGCCAUCUGCUGUCACAGACACCACAAGUGCCAGCACAGACACCACGACCUCCACCGCCACUACCACAACCGCUACAGCCACUACAUCAUCAACGGGUGGAACCACCACCACCCCCUCUACUGGCGGAUCCACCCCUCAGCAGAAUCCCGAGCAGUUGUCCAAUCUCAUGGCUCACAUGAUGCAGCUGAUGGCUGGUGGUAACCAGAAUCAGCCCCCAGAGCAGAGGUAUGCUGCACAACUUGAUCAGCUGGCCACUAUGGGCUUUGUGGAUAGAGAGGCAAACAUCAGAGCACUUCAAGCAACACUGGGAGAUGUAAAUGCUGCAAUAGAUAGGCUGCUGCAGCAGCGAUGACACACAGUCCUAAUUAUUGGAAAUUUUUCUUCUAACAAGACCUUAUUAAAACAAAAGCAUCCAAUUUUACUUCAGAAACAUUGUUUUUUUUCUCUGUAUGAAAUCAUCAGUGUUUUAAAAAUUAUAAUGUAUAAAGAUAAACUUUACCAUUGAUUUACUGUAUACAGGGAAAUUUUUGCCUCUUUUGUCCUUGUUGCAAGUGGGUGGAUUUCAAAAUGGGGCAUAUUUAAAGAAAGCAGCAUUUUCCGUUUUAAAUUACAAAUUUGUUUUAUUAAAGGCAAUCUUUAAAUUGGACAAAAUUGUUUCAUAAGUGUGAAAGUUUGAAAAUAACUUUGGGCAAAAAUAACCAUGUAUUCAGUAUUUAUUUUAUAUUUUGUUUAUAUUUCUUGGUUUAAAUGAAGUUUAAAAUUUAGACAUCUUAUAGAUGAUAUGAUGAAUUUUUAAUUAAGUUUCAGAUCAAAUAGAAAAUUAAUUCCUGCUUAGUCAGAAUUCAGUUGAUACAUGUAUGUUUACUUUAAACAGCAGCAUGUGCCACGAGUCAGUAUUGGUUUCCAGGAUGUCAGGUGUUGAGGGAUUUGUCCUUCAGUUGUUUUGGUCAUUGUGUUUUGUAAUAUUGGACAAUUGUACAUAUACUGAUACUGUUGAAACAUUAUACAGACCAUUGUAUGUGUACCAGCAGCAGGACAGAGAUACAGCAGACAAGAAAUAAAGGGUUUAAUCAAGUCAGCAAAUGUUGAACAUGUUUAUGGUGCUUAAAAUAUAUGAAAUCUAAAUAACUCUCAAGAAUUAAGAAGAAAUAUGUGUAAACUCUGUUGUUUAAAAAAAAGAAAAAACGACAACACAAGUUGUAAAACGUUAGCGCUUUCAUUUCAAAUUCUCUUCAGACGUUUUACUUUGUUGUUUAUUUAUUCUUUGCAUGAGAGAAGAAUGAUUUUUUAGCCGAUCCAUGUGGCAGAUAGUCUAUUUAAGUAACUAAUUAAAUCUGCUUUAUAUGUACACUGUACAUGAUAAAAAAAAAAAAUACUUUACUGUUUUAUGGUAAAUAUUUUUUCUGCUUAUUUCAUAAUUUACAGGUUUAUUUAUGACAAAAUGCAUGAAAUAAAUAAAGUUAAUAUUGACAUUUUUUACCAGUUUUUAGUGAAAUAUUGGCUUGAAUAAAUAUUAAAGAUAGCACAUAUUCAUACAUAAUAUGAUGCAAAAAGCACAUGGGAGCGAUAUCUGGUUCAGUAAUGUUUGAUCUAUACAUACCGUUACUUUAUGAAUAUUUUCAAUCCUGAUUUUAAAAAUCAUUGACAUUUCCUCUUCUAUAAGAAAAAUGUUAAAGUUCAAUAAUGCUGAAAAUCCAGUUUAUUUCCCACUGUGUAUAAGUAUACUUUGUUGACUUGUCUGCAUUCUUUUUUUUAAAAAGUAUGAAUUUUUUGGAUAAAAACCAAAUCAAAUAUUCCGAGAAUAAAAUUAUCUUUGUGUCCUCUGUAACUUAACAAGCCAUGUUAAUUUUGGGCUUUGUUAUACAACUGACUUGAUAUUUGCUGUUGUACAGUGUAUGAAAUUAUAAAUAAAAUACAAACAUGUAGAUGUAAU